AUGGCAGGCAGCUACAUUCCCCACGACAAUGGCCUGGGAGAGAUGCCCACCUCCCAAGUCCAUCCGAACGACGCCCUUCAAGCAUGGGAUACCCAAAAUCUCGUCUCGAGUCCCUGGACACAGCCCGGCAUGAGCGUUCCCAUGCCCGUGGUUAAAGAAGGUGUCCCCUUCAACGCCUGGGAGAAUCAGCAAACACCGACAGGCACCCCGCGAUGGGGCGGCCAUGAUCCAAAUGCCUCCAUGUUCGCCGCCGACUGGAGUGUUGCUUCAGUGACGCCUUCCCACGAACCAUAUCCCCAUGGCGGCGACUAUUUCGGCACAGCGGCCAUAACACACUCGAUGUCGCCUGAGGAGUCCAUGUCCUACCCAAAUGCUUCAGCGGGUUGGGAGACGGGUAGCCAGCCAGCUCUUUCUCCCUAUACCGAGUUUCCCGACUUUGCCGCCUUGAGGAGGAGCGAAUCUGCCGAGAUCAAGAUCGAACCCAGCAACCAACGCCUAGUUCCGCUCAUGCAGAAAUCCAGUGUCAACGAACCAGCAUCUCCAGGGGGUCAGGCGAGGAGAGCAGGGAAACUAAACUUGAUGCCAACUGGACCCCUUCACAGGAAGGUCAAAUCAACCAGCAAGAUUGGGAAACCGGACAGCAAGCCGAAGCUCGCGGCAGCAAGUGCGUUGAACACGGCAGUUCUCCAGUCGCAGAUGAAGCGCAAACAUCCUGGUCCUAUCCCCAACUUCCCAGGCCGACCAAACAUCAUGCAGACCAUGCAGACCCAUACUCCCGGAGUUAGCGGCCCUGUGGCUUGGAUGGCAGAUUAUCAGGUUCAUGCACGCAACGCCUACUCAACACCGACCACGCCUAUAGGUGGACUUGGCGCUCAACCGAUAACGCCGAUGGGAAUGCCUAUGGGGAUGGGCAACGGUAUGAGUAACGUCAUGGGGAACGGAAUGCCCAACGGUAUGCCCGACAACGGCAUGGGAAUGGGCAUGAACAUGGGUAUGCCCGUAACAAACAUGCACGGCGGCAUGUCAAUGGGAAUGGGAUCAGCGGGCAUGGUGAUGACUUCGGGUAUGGCCUCCCCAGCACCUCUCCCAAUACCGUCACCAUACAUGCAGCAACCACCACAACAACCCAUGGCCGGCGAUCCCGGAGUAGGAAUGGGAAUGAGAGUACCAGGAACUCCCGGAGGCCGGGGCCAACAUCGGCCCAGCAACACCAUGGCUACCAUAGCCAUGAGCCAAGACCCCCGCGCCGCCGCCGAGCAGAUCCGAAAGGACGCCUGGCAAGUGUGCGAGCGCGAGCGCGUCGAGAUGCUGCAGCGCCGGCUGAUGCUGACGGAACACGAGCGCGGCAUGCUCGAUCAGGAGACCAACAUGUUGCAGCUCAACUUGGGCAAGAUGCGUCAGGUCGUGGCGAGACAUCAUCAGGAGCUGGAAGAGGCGGUCGAGCGGGCGCGGAAGUUGAAUGAAGGAUCCUCCUCUCCUCCCCAGGAGGGCCAGCACGAUGAGGACGAGGAGGAGGUUGCGGGGCUCCCACAGACCCAGGGGUAG